UUUGGGAGUGCUGAGGUGACUCCGUGAGUGGAACCUGGUUGUGUGGGUGCCUCAGUAUGGAUGACUACACAAUCCUCCGAGUGAUCGGCGAGGGCUCCUUUGGCAGAGCUCUUUUGGUUCAGCAGGAAAGCAGUAAUCGGAUGUUUGCCAUGAAGGAAAUAAGGCUACCCAAGUCUUUCUCUGAUACACAGAAUUCUAGGAAGGAGGCUAUUCUUUUAGCCAAAAUGAAACACCCCAAUAUCGUUGCCUUUAAAGAAACAUUUGAAGCUGAUGGACAUUUGUAUAUUGUGAUGGAAUAUUGCAGUGGAGGGGACCUAAUGGAAAAGAUUAAACUCCAAAAAGGGAAAUUAUUUCCUGAAGAUAUGAUACUUAAUUGGUUUACACAAAUGUGCCUUGGAGUAAAUCACAUUCACAAGAAACGUGUGUUACAUAGAGAUAUCAAGUCUAAGAAUAUCUUCCUCACCCAAAAUGGAAAUGUAAAAUUGGGAGAUUUUGGAUCGGCUCGUCUUCUCUCCAAUCCCAUGGCAUUUGCUUGUACAUAUGUGGGAACACCUUAUUAUGUGCCUCCGGAAAUUUGGGAAAACAUGCCCUAUAACAAUAAAAGUGACAUCUGGUCCUUGGGAUGCAUUCUCUAUGAACUCUGUACCCUUAAACACCCAUUUCAGGCAAAUAGUUGGAAAAGUCUUAUCCUCAAAAUAUGCCAAGGGUCCAUCAGUCCAGUGCCAUCUCAUUAUUCCUAUGAGCUCCAGUAUCUAAUUAAGCAGAUGUUUAAAAGGAAUCCCUCUCAUCGCCCUUCAGCUACAACACUUCUCUCUAGAAGCAGCUUAGCCCGGCUUAUCCAGAAGUGCCUACCCCCAGAGGUAUUAACAUACCCCAUCAGAACUGGGACAGCUUUGGGAAAUGAAGCAAGUGCAAUGCAAGGGGAAGAACAAAUUAGAAAAUGUAGCCACACUGAUUUAGAAACAAUUACUAAAAAUUUGGUUGGAAAUGCAUUGAGGAGAGAAGAAAAAGGUAAUAAAUCAGAUUAUCCAAAGAAAGCCAAGUCACCAAGUCCUCACAGGCGACAGUGGGAGAAAAACUUGUCUAAGACAGCUGUUACUGCUUUGCAAAAUGCAGCCAUCCUGACCUCCAGUUUAAUAGCAGAGGAUGAUAGAGGUGGUUCUGUAAUAAGGUAUAGGGAAAAUAAUGUCCGUAAGCAGUGGCUCAAAGAGACCCCUGAAACAUUAUUGAACAUCCUUCAGAAUGCUGAUCUCAGCUUGGCGUUUCAAACAUACACAAUAUAUAAACCAGGUUCAGAAGCCUUCUUGAAAGGCCCCCUGUGUGAAGAAACAUCAGACAAUGUUGACGGAGUUCAUGAUUCUGUCACUUUGGAUCCUGAGAGACUUGAACCCAGACUGGAUGAGGAGGACACGGACUUUGAGGAAGAAGACGACAACCUUGAUUGGGUGUCAGAACUGAAGAAGCGAGCUGGAUUAUAA